CAACAACGCUGUCAAUCAGUAUGAGACCGAAAUUAGUCGCAAUAUAACGCUUCUCUGGAAAACAAUUUCGUGUAAUAUGUACCUAUUGUGUUAUGGAAAAAAAAGUAAUAGUUUUGAUUUAAAAAAUUAACGUAAAGUUCGAUAAACUCGAAUCAGUGUUCGAUUAUUGCCUUCGAAAAUCCAAAAUGCCAACUGAACAGCCAUAUUGCGAAGAAAUAAGGAGAAUCACCUACUACUACUCAACGAGUACAUAUCAAUGGAUAAGCUUACCGAUAUGUUUCAUAGGGGCGAUUUUCAAUCUACUCAACAUAUUGGUAUUCACAAGGAAAACUAUGAAUUCGCCAUCGAACCGGAUACUCGCUCAUUUGGCGUUUGCAGAUUUCCUAGUGUUGGUGUCUUAUAUUCCAAAUAACUUGCUGUGGAACAUCGACCGUUCUAGUGAUUUUUGCUUAGCCGAUAGUUACGGAUGGACGAUGUUUUUUUGGUACAACGAUAUCUUUACAUCCACAUUUCAGUUCGUGUCUGUAUUCCUGACAGUGCAGUUGGCUGUAUGGAGAUACACAGCUGUGGUACAUCCGUGGAAGCAGCGGAAUUGGUGCAAUGAGAAAAUUACUCGUAAUGUCAUCAUUGCCGGAUACAUCGUUUGUUGUGUUUUGUAUGCUGUACCCUUUCAUUUGUCAUUUGAUAUCGAAACCAUCAACAAUAAUCAAAACACCAAUGCACAUCCUCAUCACAAAUUCACAAUCGCCGGACAUCCAAUUAUGUACAAAAUAAGAUACUACAUCUAUGGACUAGUGAUCAGAUUAUUUCCAUCAGUUGUCUUAGUAUGGUUGACUUUCAAAAUCGUCGUCGGAUUAUCAGCGAGGAAACGUAAUCACGAUCAACUAACUGCAUCCGCCGGUGCUCCAAGUAGCGUGAAAAACUUGGAAAUGAGAAAUCAAACCAAUAAGUCGACGGUGAUAUUAUUGGCAGUUGUGGUAUUAUUUUUCACCGCAGAAUUUCCCAGAGGGAUUCUAUGGAUACUGGGAAGGCUUGAUGAGCACACUUGGGAGACCGUUUACGAUUCCAUUUCACAAGUAUUCGUUACAAUAGAUCAUAUCAAUAUAGCCAUUACGUUCGUGGUAUAUUACUCUUUGAGUCAGCCAUUCAGAACCGCAUUCAGAUCCUUGUUCAAUUGCGAUACGCGUACUAUUUCUCAUGAAACACACACUCAACUUGCUUUGGGUAAUACCGAAGAAAUCAAUUCGGAAAGAAGAACUUUUGAAAUGAAGCGAUUUUCAACAACGGAUAACCAUUUGAGAUAUUCAACUUUUUUGACCGUUUCUCAGACAAAUCUGGGUUCAAAAACGCCAACUGAAACGAGAGAAAUUUUGGACCAGAAUUCCGCACCUUCACCGCGAUCUUCUGAGUGCUGAGACAAAAUACAUAUAGUUCCUGUGGGGUCAUUUUCUGCCAAAAUCAGCCAAGAAAAACUUAGGAGGCAGAAGAAUUAUGCGGGGGUAGAAAAAAAGUGGUACGUUACCCAUGUUUCUUAAUCAAUUGCUUCAAUAAUUUGAAAGUUUUUGUUGGGCGUUUCGAUUCAGGUUGUCUAUACAGGAAUUUGUUGACCGAAAAUCACUAUACCUUUCGAAAAAAAUGACCACGUUCCAAAAUAUUUUAAAUCUCGCCCUUCCUCCUCUACAAGAUCGACUUUCACCUCUUUUUUUUGCAGGGUGUCUUUGUACUCACAAAAAAUUAAUGCAAAAUUUGUGCGAUUUUUAUGAAAAAAAAUUGCGAGUUUUGAAGUAAAAUAAGUAAGAGAUGUCAUUCGAAAUGCACAAUUCUACCUAGUAUUCAUACACUUGACGUAUAAAAAUUUUGGUUUUUCUUUCAAGUCUGGAAUUUUUCAAUU